UCAGUUUUAUUGAAUAUUUUUAUAGUUUUUUAAUCUAUUUCACGUCAUAAUAAAUGUAAAUGUAAAUAUGUAAUCAGUGUUAAUGAGUUUGGUCUUUGGUGUAUGGACCGUAUCAAUAUUCAUGAUCGAUUAUAAAGCCGGUCUGUGAGCUCAGUCGGGGUCAGGCGGUUUUGGGGGGCGGAGCUACCAGAUCUUGCUCCGGUGCAAAGUACUGAAAGUACUUUAAAUCUCGCAGAGUGAAGUACUGCAGAAGAUCUAUAGGUCUUCUGUUGUUUCCAUGGAAACAGUGAGUGAAGGGACUCCUCUUCUGUGAUUGGUCCAGACAGACAGGUGAUAAUGUCAUCGUUGAAGGUCGAGUGUGUGGUGAAGGCGGACGCUCAGAUUGGUGAAGGGCCGGUGUGGGAGGAGUCAGAGCAGACACUGCUGUUUGUUGACAUCAGCGGGCGGAAAGUCCACCGCUGGAGUCCGACGACCAAUCAGAUCCAGUCUGUGGAGACAGGUGACAUGGUGGGGUUCGCGGUACCUCGCAGGUCAGGUGGUUACAUGGCAGGCGUGGGUCGCAGCAUCGUGGCUGUUGAUUGGUCGACUCAGAAGAUGACGCCGUUGGUGGAGGUCGACGAGGACAAACCAAACAACCGACUGAACGACGGGAAGGUGGAUCCGACCGGACGCCUGCUGGCAGGUACGAUGGGGAAAGAGGCGCGACCUGCGGUGGUUUCCAAGCACCAGGGAUCUCUGUUCUCUGUGACCUCUGACCUCACCGUGACCAAACACCUGAGCCAGGUGGACAUAUCUAAUGGGAUGGACUGGUCUUUGGAUCAGAGGACGUUUUACUACAUUGACAGUUUGGCUCUGACCGUCGACGCCUUCGACUACGACCCAAACACCGGAGGCAUCGGUAACCGUCGUGUGUUGUAUCAUAUGGAGGAGGGGGAGGGGCUUCCAGAUGGGAUGACGGUGGACACAGAAGGUCGUCUCUGGGUGGCCUGUUACAAUGGAGGACGAGUCAUCCACAUUGACCCUGCUACUGGUGUGCGUCUGCAGACGGUCUCUCUGCCGGUGAUGAAGACCACCUCGUGUUGUUUUGGAGGUCCGGACUACUCUGACCUCUACGUGACCUCAGCAAGUCUGGGCCUCGACCAGUCAGAGAGGAGACAGCAGCCGCUGGCUGGAGGCACCUUCAGGGUGACCGGACUCGGGAUCAAAGGUCGCCCUUCAAACUCGUUCUCUGGAUGAUCGUCAUUAGAGUGAAACAGCCAGUUACAGCGCGGCUCACCUGCAGGAAGUGAUUAAAUGAUUGAUUAGCCCUCACUGUCAAUAAUGUGAUUAAUAAUUAGUCUUGAUUUUGACAAAAUGUUUGUAGCAGUGUAUAACUUUAUAUAAAUAAAUAAAUAAAUGACAACGAGACGGCCAAUCAGAGCUAAGAAAACAGCAACACUGAGGGUCAACAGCCAAUCAGAGCCCAGUGUGUCAUCCAUAUUCUUUCAUGUAAUUUUCUUAUAACGAGUGAAAUAAAAUAAAACGUAAGAGAUAUCAGAACAGGUAGUGUUUAAGAUCUGCAGCUGAGGAUCAUGGGUAAUGUAAUGAGGAAUAAACAUGAGCUCAUUUCACCGGAAGACGGAGUGAUCUGGGUUUUUUUCAACGUUG